AUGUCUUUUGGCUUCUCAAUAGGGGAUAUCAUCCUUCUCAGCCAAUUAGCGUAUAACCUCUACGCGAGCAUCAGCUCUGGACGGCAGGCAGCAUCGCGGGACUUGAAAGAGCUCGAGGAAGUGCUGUUCAGUUUGAAGUGCGCCUUGGAUCACCUCGGAGAAGUUUCGAACGAUGUCCUUGCGCGGCCAGGUUUCCGUUAUGGCGGGUCAGGGUUUAAAGAGAAGCUUGAUGUGAUGAUUAACUCCUGUGCUUCUACGCUACAAGAACUAGAUAGCGUGACGAAGAAGUAUCGUGAUGUCGAGAGUAAGGCGGACAAGGGCAAAUCGAAACUACGCACGCUGGAAGACGUGAAGAAGAGUAUCCAAGUCAACUGGCAGAGAGUGCGAUGGGACUACGAGAAGCAGUCUUUGCAAGAGUAUCGGGAGAAACUUAAGUCGCAUACCGAUGCGAUAAACCUGCUGUUGACCUCUGUGAUCUGGGCGAACACUGCAUCCGCAUACGCAGAUAGUAAGAAGAAUCAUGAAGUAACGCAGUCCUUGUUAGUAGAUGUACUGCGUAACCCAGCUGCAGAUGAAAGAUUUCGAGCUAUGGUACAAGAGAUACACGCGAUACUCACACGACCGACUCCCGUAACAGAAGUCGUCGAGAUGGCUACAAUACAGGGUACAGCAUUGUCCUGUAAGCAGUUAUGUACGGAUACCUGUUCACCGAGUGGCUUAUCAGUCUUUGAGUCUUCUGGCCCUGUCGCGAAACAAGGAAGAAAUUUGCCUUCAGUGGCGAUGUAUGCCGUCUCGGAUCUACCAUAUACAACGUCAACGGCGAAAGCAUACGUCGGAGCGGUCUCAAAAGGAGAUUCAACGCAAGGAGCCGUGCAUGCUACGUCUUGGAAAAGUCAGGCAACUGAUGAAAGCGAAUUUUGUAAGGAAGAUCUACAAGGCCACAGCGAGCUGUCAGUCGCUACUGUCAAGCUCAACAAUGAACGCCGUGCUUUCGGAGCAAAAGAAUAUCAAGCUUUUCUGCGGCAACACGCACAGCUGAAGAGAGUUCCGAAGCCAUCUUUCCUGACGGGUAUCAUGCCCACCAGCCAGGAGCUCCAAGCUUGUAUACCCUACAUCUUUCAGUCGACGGUGGAAGGCAAGCAGCAGACGCAGGAGCUGAGGAAUGAGAUCGAUCGUUGGACUGAGGGAUUUUCUCGCUUUGUCAACCACAAAGCGCCCCCGAGAGAGAAGGACGAAUGUUUCCUGAUGCUGUUGGGGGCGCUAAAUGAGGCAGUGGAAAACAGCUCUAGAGGGACGCGACAGCUAUUCUACGAGAUUUCGGACUCUUCAGGCUUCGCAACUGCUUUGGACCAAGUACAGACCACAUCGAAGAGCGUGCGGGUGAUGAAAGAGAUUGAGGAGUUCGAGGAUGCUAAAGAAGAAUGGGAGAAGCAAGAGCGAGUUCGUUGA